GGCUUGGUGACCUGGUUGGACAAGAACAGAAUCUGUUGGCUAAGCUUGACAUUCGAUUGUAAGAACAGCUGCAUUUAGUUUAAAAUAAUAACGGUGGAAUAAGAGUUUUUUUCCCCCGCAGACAUUUUGCACGUGUAAUGGAGGCUGCAGGGGUUGUGUGGUUUGGCGUUGUUACUUUCCUUUGUCAGGUGAUUUUGUGCGCAUUUGCAGAGGAUCCUAAAACGGACAAAGGGGCAGUAAUUUUCAGUAGCCAUAAUGGAAGCAUGAGAGCUGAGCAUGUCUACAGGCAUGAGGACAAUCACAUGGAUUCUGCAGUGAAUGCAGCUUCAGAGUUGGAAACAGCUGGUCUUCUGGUUGUGGAGAUUCCAGGCUCUUCAGCAGGUCAAAGGAGAAGAAAGAGAGAGUGGGUUAUUCCUCCUUAUAAUAUACCUGAGAACGAGAGAGGUCCUUUCCCCAAAACACUGUUCCCGUUAAAGGCAAAAUUAGAAGGUGUACCUGAUCAUCAGAUACAAUACAGUAUCACAGGUGAAGGGGCAGAUCAGCCACCUGUAGGAAUUUUCCAAAUUGACAAAAGGUCAGGGAAUCUCUUUGUGACUCAGCCACUGGAUAGAGAAACAAAGAAAUCAUACGAGCUAAAGGCUCAUGCUAUUUCAGAAGAUGGGGGAAAAAAGGCUAUACCCACAGACCUCACUAUUAUUGUAACUGACCAGAAUGAUAACAAGCCAGUGUUUACUGAAAAUCCUUUUAAUGGACAAGUUUCAGAAACUGCUUCAAAAGGCAAUGAGUUUAUGACGGUCACAGCCACUGAUGCAGAUGACCCAAAUACAUACAAUGGUAUAGUCACUUACACAAUUGUCAGCCAAGUGCCGCAACUUCCAAAACCAAACAUGUUUAAUAUCGACAUUUCAACUGGAACCAUUCGUGUGCAAGAAUUAGGCAUGGACAGAGAGCAAUGGCCCAGAUAUACUUUGUUAAUUGUGGCUGCUGACCUGCAAGGAAAUGGUUUGUCAACCACUGGCACAGCUGUUAUUACGAUUACUGACAGCAAUGAUAACCCACCUCAGUUUGAGCAAACCUCGCACAUCGUAUCCAUCCCAGAGAAUAAAGUAGGGGCUACAGUGGCUAAACUUACGGUUACUGAUGGAGAUGAAGUUGGAUCAUCUGCCUGGUCCACCAAGUAUCGUAUUAUUAGUGGUGACAAGGGUGGAUUUUUCAGUGUCAGUACUGGACCCACCGAGCUGGAGGGCAUUAUCACCACUGUAAAGCCUCUGGACUUUGAGAAGAACAAGCAAUACGUUCUGUCUGUGAUUGUUGAGAACGAUGAUCCUUUUGUCGGUUCUUUGCCCACUUCCACUGCCACAGUCACAGUGAAUGUAGAAGAUGUGAAUGAACCUCCUCAGUUUAAUCCAGAGGAGAAGGUUAUUGUCAAACCUGAAGAUUCACCCGUUGAUACUGAAUUGGUUACUUAUGCAGCCACUGAUCCAGACACUGGAAAAUCCCAGAAGAUAACGUAUAAAAUUGGCAACGAUCCUGCUGGCUGGCUAAGUGUAAAUCAAGACACUGGAAUGAUUAAAGUCAAGAGUAUUAUGGAUAGAGAAUCUGACAGAGUCAAAAAUGGCACAUACAGAGCCAUCAUCUUGGCCCUGGAUGAUGAUGAAAAUCCAGCAACGGGUACAGGAACCUUGGAAAUUAAAUUGGAGGAUGUAAAUGACAAUGCUCCAGUUAUUAACGAAGGAAGUAUAAAGAUUUGUAAUCAAGAGGCCACAGUGAUUCUCUCUAUAACUGACAAAGACGGACCUCUUUAUGGUGCUCCCUUCAGUGUUGAGCUCCAAGGAGACACAAAGAAAAACUGGAAUGCCAGGAUGGAUGAAACAAAAACUGGGAUUCUGCUGACGCUUAAUUCUGUGUUGGAGCAGGGUGAAUACAAUGUUGUCCUAAGGGUUUAUGAUAACGAAGGCUUGUAUCGGAACAACUCCAUUCAAGCAACUGUGUGUGACUGCAAAGGAGAUGAAUUUAGAUGCGGUGGAAAGACUGCAGAGAUCCCACUAUAUACAGGAAUCCUGGCAGCCAUCUUGACUCUGCUGUUGCUUCUUCUACUUCUGCUGUUCAUGAGGAGGAAAAGCAGUAGUAUAAAAAUACUACUCAUUCCUAAGGAAGACGAUGUAAGAGACGAUGUCUGCUGUUAUAAUGAGGAAGGUGGUGGAGAAGAUGAUCAGAACUAUGAUUUGAAUGUGUUGCAUCAAGGCCUGGACAAUAGACCUGAAGUGUUCAGAAACGAUGUGGCUCCUAUUUUCUUGCCUGCACCUCAGUAUAGACCACGACCAACCAACCCUAAGGAGAUCACCACAUUCAUUGGAUGUAAUCUGAAGACUGCAGAUACUGACCCCACAGCACCCCCCUACGAUACCCUCCUGGUAUUUGACUAUGAAGGACAGGGCUCAGAUGCGGGUUCACUCAGUUCCCUCAACUCUUCCAGCUCAGGACAGGACCUAGACUACGACGUUCUCAAUGAGUGGGGUCCACGCUUCAAGAAGCUGGCAGACAUGUAUGGAGGUGGAGAGGAUUAAAGGUUAUUCUGGCUUAAAUACAACUUAAUGCACUGACAAUGUAAGUUUUCAAAUUGUAGAGAGUGGAAGAUUGUGCUGUGAUGUAUUUCUUUUUCUUCUUCUUCUGCUUUUUCUGCAUCUGCUAUAAAUGUCUAUCACUCUAAGAAUUACUGUACAUAGACUAGUUGGAUAGUUCCCCUAGUCUGCGCUGCAAGAAGCUAGGGAGUACUCAAACAUGCAUUAACUAUAAGGCAUAUAGUCAGUACCAUUUGUCUCCAGCAGGCCCGGUACUAGAGGGGUGCUAAGGGGUGCUAAAAUGAAAGCAAGAGCAACAUAAGUUGUUAUAUUAUGAUAUUGGCACCAACAGAUUUAGCAAACAAUCCAGUAGUGGGUGUUUGGUGUUUGCACUCUUAUGAGUGUCAGAGUUUUCUUUGCAAUGUGUUUUGCAGCAUUGAGAAAUGUAGCCAAUCACAGACAUAUCUGUUGAUUUCUUGAGUUGUUUAAGUUAGAAUAUGCUCAACCAUUAAAACGCUGUUUUUGUCCUGUGCUGAGUUCUGCAAGCUCACAAAUAAAUUGUUAUAAAAACAAGGGUAGACACAAUGUAAAUAAGAAAUUUAUUGUGCAGUGUAUGGAGCUUCAUCAAACUUUUUGAGAUCGCUAGAUGAUGAACUAAGGGAACAAAGGGAGCAUUCUUAGUACAUUUUUUAGGAUAAUCCAAUCAGAAUUUUUGCCAAUCAUAUCUUGGUGUCCCUACCACCAGUGAAAGCAUUUUUCCCUUGGCUGCAACACUAUCACAAGACAAAUAACAAGACUGCCUGCCUCCUUCUUAUGUUGACACACUUGUCUUUCUUAACACAAACCAGCAAGCCAUGACCGUGAGUCCACGACCAAAGAUAGUAUGUGUCAGGAGGACGAUGGCAGCGAAUAGACUGAAUUUUGUGUUGUCCUAUUAUAAAGUAUUUCGAACCGGUUUAGUGAAGAUCGAAGUGAUGUGAGAUUUCAAAGUCAAAACCUGAGGCCCCACAUGCCCUACCCUAACCUGACCUUACCUUUGUAACCAUUUUCUUAGAAUUGUACGUAUUAAACAAAAAUAAGUGAAAUUCAUACAAAGAUACAUUAAAUAAUACAUCACUACAAGCAAAAUGCUCCACCCUAUUGUUUAUUUCUCUUGUGAACUACUCAGCUAUGGACACUGAAUGACUUUAAUGAUGUAAAUACAGUGUUAUGUGUUCACAAGCUGUUUUAGUGUCUUUCUGUCGUUGAUUGAACGAUCACUAAGCAUGAUACAUUUCAAUAAUUUGUACUGUUCAACAUGCCUUCGGUAAGUGGAAAGCUGUCAUGAUUCUGGCCUUCGGUCUGCUCACCACCAGAUAUCGCCCUCUCACUCCAUUGACAUUCACAUUACACUGACUGUUGCACCACACCCCGGACUAUGUUCCCCAUCAGCCAUUGCGCUAAUCACCUGCAUCCAAUCAGAGACUCUAUAUAAGCCUUGUACUUCCUCUCACUAUUCGCAGAGUAUUGUAUUGUGUUUAGCAUCUUUACGGAGGCACCUUGUCCAUCCUUAGCCUAGUUCUAUGGUGUUUCUAGUCAGUUAAUCCUUGUCUUGUUUUCUAGCCUUGUUAUAUCGUUUAGUCUAUUUAGCUGCCUGCCCUUUGGAACUCAACCCUGUCUUAUUGGAUUACCCCUUCUUGUCUAGCCCCUUGGAUUACGUUCACCGUGGAUUGACCCUCGCCUGUUUACCGAUUACUCUUUUCCCUUGCUCUUACAUACCAGUUUGCCAAUGUCUGACCGUGCCUGUUUUAUGUCAAUUUCUCUGUCACGCUCUAAUAAAGUUAUGCAGAUGGAGACGUAACAAAAGCGCUGCCCCGUAACAAAAGCGCUACCACUUAAACUGAGGUGACUAAAAUGUCUUAAGCUUUCAGUACUGCAUUUCUUAUUUAUCUUAUGUUUUCUUUCUUUUUUGAGUGCCGCUUGGAUGUGUGCUCUUUGUGUUUGUUUCUUUCUACUUUAUCCGGACAGGUAAUUAAUGAGGUCAAAUGGAAUUAAUUGUUUGUGGCCAGCAGGCCUGCAGGGUCUUAUGCAUUUGCUUGGUGGUUAAAGGAGAACUCCACUUC